AUGUCGCUGUCAAUCUCGAUCUCCAACGACGACGGGAAGCCGUUCCUCCCAGGCUCGCCCGUGCUGGGGGUCGUCAAACUGGUCACUUACGACGACCAACCGAUCGGCGAGCUGUGCAUUACUUUCCGGGGACGGGCGUCGGUGCUCCUGAUCCAUUCAUAUGGCGACAUGACGACGUCGAGGAAGGACUACCAGUCGGUCGGCUACCUCUUCUCGCAGCACCUCAACCUCUACCAAGGGAAAUACACGCAUCGAAAGGGCAGCUACAUGUGGCCGUUUGCCUUCUGCAUCCCUCUCUCCGCUGCCCCCAGGGCCGUGGCUCCGAACUCGACCGACUUCUUCCAUGCCGAACAUCCAUGGAAGAAUGACCGCCCGCUGGGAUCGCACCCGCUGCCGCCGAGCAUGAGCCAUGGGGGCCGCUUCCACUGUUCCAUCAACUAUACCCUGGAGGCGACGCUGGCCCAGCCGGCCCGGACGCCGCUCUCGUUGAACAAGACUUUGACCGCCAGCAAAGAUGUCAAAGUCCAGCCAUUGCCCAGCCAGAUAGACUGGGAUCUGGGCGAUGACUGGCCGUAUUCCAACUAUCGGCACAGGCUACAAUGCACUAUCAAGGACAUGUCGGAACCCUCGCCGCGGGGAUUGUGGUCCCAUCUGGGAGAUGGCUUACGGGGUACCAAGUCGAACGAUCGCAAAAGACUGGAGAUAUGUAUUUCUGUCCGGGUCCCAAAGAGGGCCUUUCUCACCGAGCAACCUCUCUCUCUCAUCAUCUCUGCCUCGGCCUGCUCCAUCGCAAAGGACUGUCAGCCCGAGAACGUCUCGCUGGGCAAUCAGCUCGCGAUCAGGGAGUUCAAGAUAUCAUUGUGGCAACACACGCACGUCCGCGCAGGGCGGCAUCACUCCUCCUCGACCAGGCGGGUCUUUGUUCGGAAGUCAUCUUCGCGACUGGUCGUCUCCGAGACUCCGUCUCUGGGCUCGUGUCCCGGGGCAGACACACAGGCGCAGCCUGGCGAAGUCACCGCAACCAAUCUGACCGACAUCGCGGACCUGUCGUUGCCCACGUCGAUCCUGGUCCCGGACUUUUCGACCUACAACAUUGCCCGGUCUCACUCCUUGGAGAUGACGUUUAAGAUGCAGUACGUGAACAAGAAAUUCAAGUUUUGCCUGGGCAACAUCCCGGUCAGACUCCUUCCGGCGAAAUGCGUCCCAGAAGGGCCCACGGACAUGCCGCCGAGGAGCACGUCGGUCAGCGAGAGUGAACUUCGGGAGGGGUGGACGGUGUUUUCACCUGGCGAAGAUCUGGCCAUCGACGACGACGUGGCCCACAUCCUGUUAGAGGAGCCGCCUCCACAAUAUAGGGCUUGA